AUGGAUCACUCCAGAGAUCCCUGCCCCUGGGUUGCUCUUAGCGACUUCGGUGGUGCUUUCUGCAUGGGUGCAAUUGGUGGUGCUGUCUGGCACGGUGUGAAGGGUUUCAGAAACAGCCCCUACGGAGAGCGCCGGAUAGGUGCCAUCACAGCCAUCAAGGCUCGUGCGCCUGUUCUCGGUGGUAACUUCGGUGUUUGGGGUGGUAUGUUCUCGACGUUCGACUGUGCGAUCAAGGGUAUCAGAAAGAAGGAAGAUCCUUACAAUGCUAUCAUUGCUGGUUUCUUCACUGGUGGUGCUUUGGCCGUUCGUGGUGGUGUUAAGGCUGCCAGAAACUCCGCUAUCAUGUGCGCUGUCUUCCUGGCUGUCAUUGAGGGUGUCGGUAUCGGUUUCCAGAGAAUGAUGGCCGACAACACAAAACUAGAGCUUCCUCCUGCCCCUCCGUCCGGCGACAAGGCCGUCGCUUAA